AAAAUUUUCAUUAAACUUUUACUUUACAUAAUCAUUGUUGUCGUACAUCAUGUACAAGCAUACGGUCAAGUCCAAAUUGUCGCAGGUUCGCAGUAAUCCGCCUCAGGCCACAGCCACGCCCAUAUCAAAUGGAAAUCAUAGACAAAUGCAUGGCCUGGGGGCUGGCAAGAAGUUCUUUUCCCACAUACGACACAAAAUUGAGGAUAAUCUAACGCCCAGAUUAAGUGGAAAACUAUAUUACAAAGGAAGUAAGCACACACGAUCCAUGAGUGCACUCAGUCUGGUGGACACCAAUGGCUGUGUGGAUGGCAAAUAUACUCCGAAGGUGCCAAUGUCUCUAACCCCAACAACGGCAAAAACAACACCAGCAAUUUCAUCAUCAAUGCAGAUGACCUCGAGCAGCAUAUGUAGUUAUGUGGACAGCGACGACGACUUGGAGAGCCAAUUGAGCUUGAGCCUUAAUCUUGCACAGCAAUCGUUGGAAGAUGAAAUAUUUGCCGAACUGGAGAAGGUUGCCCAUGAUGAGAGCAAAUUGAACGAGGUAUUGCAAAGUUUUGAUCAAAUUCUAAGUGAAUAUCCACCGCCAGUGACCAGCACAGUAGAGGAAAUGCCAAUGGCUAUGGUUACUUCUGUCCCACCUCCGCCACCGCCUGUCGAAUUCAGUGAUGACAAACAGCAACAGCAGCUCUUGUCGAAAUCGUUCAGUUCUCUGAGCAUAACUGGCAGGGGUAAAAGACAAAUUUAUCAAACACCAGAGCUGGCCAAUUCCAUGUUAUUGAUUCGUCGUUCCAACUCCACAAGCAGAUACAGUUCCCUAUGUGAACUGAACGCUCCGUCUUCACUGAAUGGCAGUCGUAUACCCAUUGCCAUAUCAAAGCAUUCUAGCAGUUUGCGUAAAAGUAGCGAAAGCUUCUAUCUGGAGCAGCCAAAGGAUACUAACAAAAAGCGUACCAGAUCCCUGCUGAUCUUAAACACAAGUAAUGUCAUGGCAUCAGCCAUUAAACCCAAACCGAAACGUGCAAAUUCUACAUUGGAAAAGCCACCGCGACGAAGCAAUACCAGCUUAAACAGAGUCAACUCAAGGAACUGCCAAACAUCGACCAAGACGCCCAAUGCCAAUGCCAAUAGUGAUGAGCUGCUGGUCAAAUGUCUGGCCAAAGGUCAUGAGAUUCUACGUAAAGUGGAAAAUCUGAAUACCAGUAAACCGGCACAACGACGUGCCACUCGUGGCAUACACAAAGAGCAUUCGCAGGUGUUAAAGAGCAAAAAAAAAUUGCAGAAAUUGCAAUAUGCCAACGAGGAGAAAGUAAGGAAGCCCAAAUUAGAAUCCUGCAAGAUAAUUCCACCCAAAUUGGGUGAGACAUCGGAUAAAAAUCAGGAGCUAUUGGUUCAGGUUAAAGUGGCAGAGCGUGUGCGUCCUGUUAAACAGAAGCAGGUUGAUGUAGAUCAGGAAGAGCAUAAUGAUUCCGAUGAUUCGGGCCAUAUCAGUAAUACGGUUCUGUCCAUUUCGACAUCAACAACCAAUUCAACGGGCAGCCUAUGCGAAUCCGAAGGCGAGGAUAUGUCCAAUAAAAUGCCUAAAUCGAAUAAAAUUAAAGAACUUUUGGAGAAAUUUGAAGCGAAAGCUUUAAAUGGAAAUCCCACUCCCAAUCUCAGUGCGAUGGCUACCACAACCACGAAAGUGGCUCAGGUUCAGGCAGUACGCUGUAUACACACUCAGGUGGAGAUUUAUCCCACAUACACGAAAGAGGUAACUAUACGGCUGAGCUAAGGCCCAAGAUGAGGGACGAUAAGAUCAACAGCCGAUAUCCCUCCCCCCCCCAAAUUCAGAUAAACAAAACUUAACUUUUAUGCCUUGUAUCUACUAUAUAUUCUAACUGUUAACUGGAAUAAAACUUAUUUAUUUAUUGUAUUAAAGAACAAAUUUUGCUUCUUGGGUUUAUCUUUUCUAAUCUAUCUACUCUAUUU